AUGCAAGAAGAACAACACACGGUGAGAGAUUUUGAGGUUGAUUUGGUUGAUUUCGUGGUGGAUUGGUUGGGCAGAAACAGAAAGCGAAGCGUGAAGAAGGAGAAGAAGAUGGAUGGGAAUGGAAGUAAGAAGGAAUGGAAAGGCCAACGCCAUAGUGAUGCAGCAGAGCUAAUUUCCUAUUUUAUAUCAAACGUUGAGGCUGAAGAAAGAGAAGAGUGA